AUGGGGGCCAUUAUGUAUGCACCUCACACGCACUACCUUGUGCCCAGCUGCAUUUAUGUCGAGACCGCACUCAUGCAUGCCUCACUCACUCGAUUCCUUGGUCCAUUUCUAAAGGAUCGUGGCCUUUCCCUUGACUCUCAAAUCAAUAACCCUCUUAACUCUGAUUCAUUCACCAUCAACAAUGUCGAUCUGGACCCAACCACGAUGCAAGACAUCUUGUCGAAAACUGGACUAUCUCUCAAGCUACAAUCCGCCUCCCUGGACACCUUUUCAUUACGGAUAGAAUGGCCUCCUUGGUCUCUGUCUUGGGAUAACUAUGUUCCUACGGUCAAUAUCCGUUUGCAAGGAAUCAGGCUGGUCCUUGCUGUGACAUCUGAACACAUGCAGCCUGUGACUUCAAAUUCAAAUUCAAUAUCAGAUUCAUUAUAUUCGUCAACACGAAACAUAGAUCUCGCCUCAAGUAUCGCAGAGUUGGCUGAUGAGUUUGCUCGAAACGAAGGCUCGGCUUCAUCUACAGAUGAGCUUGAUCAUCAACUCCCGGGUGCAUUUGCCUCACAACCCAACAUCAAGGAGGCCACAAAAGAGCCUGACCGUCGAGGGCUAUUUGCGGGACUGAUCGAAAAAAUAUUGGCAAAGCUGUCAUUCGAAUUCGAGAAAUUUUCGAUCCAAGUCAGGCAUGGACAAGCAGAACUACACCUGACGAUUGACGGUGGUUCUACGGCCCCAGACUCAAAGGAGAAUCUUCCGAAAACUCUUUCUCGUAUCUUUCAAAUGUCGCCGCCCACGAUAUAUUUCAAGGACUUGACACCCCAACCUCCUUCCCGCACUAGUACACCAUCAGCAUCAUCUUCCACUGGAUAUGAAUCACUUGAAGCCAAUGACGACAUGCUCAUGUCGCAGGCCAUUGCCGAUCUUCGCAUGUCCGUUGCUCCACCUGCUCCACCAAAGCCACGUGAUGCUCCGCUAGAAAGUUCUAUCCAACAUCAGGAUUAUAUCUUUCUUGAAUUCCAGGGGGGGCCUUUGUUGCCAGAUGAGUCUCAUGUCUUGACAGACGAUAAUCCUAGCGGACUCGACAGAUUGGUAAACUAUCACGAAGCUUCCAGUCCGUUUGGAGACACAGAAGAAAGAACUCGGAUCCUAUUUGUCAUGACCUACACGCCCCCGCCCCUUCAAUCAAACAGAGACGCUACUUCUGCUUCGAUCGAUGCUCAACCCGGAGAAAUUUGCGAAUCUACAAGUGUUGCUCCCACUCCCAAUACGAAUAUAUCCAGCGCUCGAAAUCCCCAAUACAAGAUCGAAAUCUGCUUGCCAAUUCUCAGCAUCCACGUCCACUCGCCUUCGGAAAUUGAAUUAUGGAAGUCAAUCUUGUCUGAUUUGACUGGAGACUCUUCGGAUUCAUCUGCAUCGCCGGCUGCUGUUGCAACAUCAUCACACACACAGGACAAAUCAGCUGCCCUAGAUAUCAACCUAUACUGUCGCCAAGUGUCAUUGAGAGUAGAUUGCAGCCCCCAGAUGAAGAGAGGCUACACGCAUGCUGACAUGAAUGCUGCUCCAAAGUCUUCACUGGAACUGUCAUUGAAGGCUUUAACAUUCUCACAAUCUCAUACACCUGUUGACCGGCUGAAUUGUAACACUGCCCUUGUACCACUCACUGACCUUGAUGUAGCCAAAAUUACCAUUGUCGCAAAGUCAACAGCCAACCCUCACGAAAGUGUUAUACUUCAAGUACCCGCAUCAGAUUCCGUAGAUCCAGCCCUUUCGAUUCAGGUUACCAGCCAACGAACGCAAAUCACAUCUGGUUAUGCGCGAUUUGACAUUGGCUUGGAACUCUAUUCAAGUUUUCAGCACUUAUUUGAGACUUUGGGUAGUCAAUCGAGUCCAGCUGUGGAUGUCAUCACUCCGACUGGCGAUAAAGAACAUGUUAAAUACAAAAAGCGAUCAAAUCUCGAAUCCGACGUCUUGACUAAAGCGCCUCAUUCAAUUUCGUUCUCCGCCCAGGAUAUUGUCCUUAGAAUCAAAGUGAAUUGCUCCAAACACGGUAGCCGAAAUAAACUCGAUUAUCGUGAAGAUGGCGUCUCUUUAGGAAUCGCUCUGCAAUCUGUUCAAGUUGAUCACUCAGCACCAUCAGGUUUCCAGUGUACAGUGCAUUCGAUUGCCGCUGAACUAAAUCCGCCACCUUCCACAUCAGACCAUCGCUGUUCUCCAGAAACGACGUUUCUGGUCCUUACGCCUAACCUCGACCCCACUUCUGGUCAAGCCAAGAACGAAGAGCCUUGUAUCACAGUUACAUACGGCUCGGUUGAACACAGCGAUGAGCUCGGACCGAUGGGAUGCACCAGGAAGCCAGACCCGGCAACAGUGAAGGUGGCGCUGGUCCGAAUAAUGCUCAACAAAAAGCGAUUCGACCGAUUGCAAUAUUGGUUAGACGAUUUGAGCACAUGGGCUAUCCAAUUGUCCAACCCAUAUGCCGACUCGAUCGCAGCUCCAUAUGUCAGCGAUAUACCCAUCCAAGACGAUGUCAACUGUCGUUCGGCUUCAUUGUCCCCAGUCUCAUCAUUGCGAAGUGUCCGAUCCCGCCCGAAGCCUCUUGAGACUACCUUGAGCGUUGGAAGGAUUGAGCUAAAGAUCGAUUUAUCACAGGAAAACGCAGAUCUGCUGAGCCCCUCUGCUCAACAAACAGCUCAGCUGAUGCUAACCUUACAAGACUUUUCGAUAUCGCAGACUACCAACAGAUUGUCUACGCCACAAACAACAUCAGAUCACUCAUCUGAUACUACCUUGGUUCUCGUCAUCGGAUCCAUUAGGGGCACGUUGGAGCACGAAGCAGAAGUAUCAGAAUUGAUCCGAUUAGAUGAGACAGGCAACGCUCCUUCAAACAUGAACCGUUGCGCAGUGUCUAUAACGAUCAGGACUACUGGAUCUUUGGCGAAUUCAUCUUCCAAGACAAUCAUGGUUGAUCUCGUUGUCCGAGGUAUCAUUUUACACAUCGGCCCGCAAUUCACAUGGAUUCGAGAUUUACUAGAGUUUGUCAAGGCACCUCCCGGUGCAUUUGAAACUCCGGGUCCAAACUAUCUGACUCGAGUGCGCAUCUCAUUACGAUCGACUUCAAUAAGAGUUUCACCGCCUCCAUCCUCUUCGAGUGACAAGACUCCACAAUUCAUUCUCGCCGGAUGCUUUGAUGAUUUCGGUUGUAAUGUGAAAUUGGAUCCAUCAUCCUCAGAUGUAUCGCCGGAGAUACAGGGUACAUUGACCCUGCUAUUGGCUGAAGGUCAGAGUAGUGUGUUUGUUCGUCUGGCUAGGUUCUCGAAUCUACGGAUUGGAGUUUCUUAUUCGACAGAAACCGGUAGACUACGAGGAUGUGUGCACAAUGGAUCAUUGGGAGUGUCGCUAUGUGCUGACUCGACUGAGAGCUUAGGUGAUGUGAUUGCUGGUUUGGGUCGAAUAUCGUUGACGGAACAGAAGCCUGAGGUUGAACUCGAUUAUGAUCACGCUGAAGAGCCGUCUCAGAGUCAAGAAGACUUACAAGCUAGUCUAUUAAAAUCAGCAAUACAAGACACUCGUUUUCGUAAACCGCUUUUACCAUUUGAACUGGGUGAAGACUUGGUACAUGAGGAUUACCCCUCGGAUGCUAAUUUUGUGCAAACUAAUUCGACCCGAACUGGUCUUAAAACUAAACUUACCGACUCACAUCUUCCUUCUAUCAUCCGAAAUUUACAUCCUGAUGGUCUUAAUAUCAUUGAUGAUUUCUUAUCAUUACCUCCAACUCGCUCAAAGCCUUCUACUCGAGUGAUUGUGACCGAAUUCAAGGUUGAAAACUUUGACGUCUCAAUAGGUCUUCAUGAAGGAUAUGAUUGGGCUUCUACUCGCCAUGCAAUCGAAGAAGCAAAGAAAGCGAUGAGAAAGCGCUUACAAAAAUUACGACAACUGCUAGCGAAGGGACAUUCGGAUGAGAGUACUCUAGAUGAAGAAUUACCAUCGACAACCCUCUUCAAGUCUGUCCAUUUCGGUCUUCCGCCGUCAACUCGUAGCCUUACUACUGCACAAUUACUCAAUGCUAUUGAUCGUGAGUUGGAUGAUCCGGUAGGGGUUGUACCGAAUGAAGAUGUUAGUAUUACUGGUAGUUGGCAAACCUUACCACCGGCUCCUAAAGAAAGAAGUGGACCUACGAUCAAUUGUUUAUCUACCAUAGGAAAUUUACAAAGAUCAAGACAUCCAGCACUUGAAUUCGUUCUGAAUGAACUUACUUGUCGAUUUCGAGUUUAUGAUCCAAGCCAAAAUCCAUUUGUGAAAGAUUCCAGUAGUGAAUCUUUGAUGAGCAUCAAAAUCAAAGUCAAUCAAGUUUCGAUUCUAGAUAAUAUUAAAACAUCAACUUGGAAGAAAUUCUUGACUGAACUUAGACCCAAUGAUGGAGGAAAUCUAAGGUCGACUGGAUCACCUAUGUUACGUGUGAAGUUUGAUUUAGUGGAUUCACCUGAUGAGGAUGGAAAACAGGAAGCGAUUUUGAAACUUAAGAUUGUACCACUUAGGUUGUAUGUUGAUCAAGAUGCGGUUGAUUUUUUGAAAACUUAUUUCGGAUUUCAAAAAGAAAAUCACCAACUUGAUAGAUCAUUAAAUGAGAAGAAAACCAAAGAGGGCAUGUUUUUUCAACGAGUUGAAAUUUUUCCUAUUAGGAUUAAAUUAGAUUAUAAACCUAAACGAGUGGAUUAUAUGGCUUUACAAAAAGGACAAGUGAUUGAAUUGAUGAAUUUUUUUCAUUUUGAUGGAUCUGAUAUGACUUUAAGACAUGCAGUUUUGAUUGGUGUUCCUGGACCAGAUAAGAUUGGAAGUCUAUUACAAGAGAUCUGGACACCCGAUAUAAAAGCUAAUCAAUUAGCCGAUGUGAUUUCAGGAAUCUCACCCGUUAGAUCGAUUGUGAAUUUAGGAACCGGAUUAGCCGAUUUAAUUUUAUUACCCAUCGAAGAGAUCAAACGUAAAGACGGACGAAUCUCCAGAGGAUUACAAAAAGGAAGUCAAUCGUUUGCCAAGAGUACAGCAUUAGAAGCCAUCAAGUUAGGGGCUAAGUUGGCUACGGGAACUCAAGUGGUUUUGGAAAAGGCAGAAAUGAUCUUAGGUGCAAAGGUUUCAGAAGAGAUUCAUGUUGAAACUAUUGAUCAAGGAAUCGAUUAUCUUGAUGAGAAUUAUGAAAAGGUUGAAGAAGAAGUUGAGAUUCUUAGAUCUGAACUUACCAAUAAGAUCAAAACACAUGAGAUGAUUAGUCGAUAUGCUGAUCAACCUGAAAAUUUGAAGAUGGGUGCUAAACUUGGAUAUCAAGAUUUAAGAAAGAAUAUGAGAAGUACUGCUCAAACGAUUUUGGCUAUUCCAUUAGAAGUCUUUAAUGAAGGAUCAGGUCGUGCAGUAGUUAAAGCUGUACCUAUUGCUAUUUUACAUCCGAUGAUUGGAGCUACUGGAGCGAUCAGUAAGACUUUAUUAGGACUUAGACAUACAUUGGAUCCAUUGACGAUUGAGAAUGAUGAAGAUAAGUAUAAAAGAUUGAAGAAUUGA